CAGCAAAUUGCAACGACUCAACGAGCUAGCCGUUUGUUGGUUGGUUACGGCUGCGAGCUUGGGCACCGCAAAAGCGAACCGGGCCCCAGCCCACCGGCCCAACGGCUCGCUCCACCUGCACACGUGUCCCCACCCCAUUGGCUCCCUCGCCAUAGCCGUUGCUCUUGUACUAUAUAGCCCACCCGUUUGUUCCCUCUCGUUCUCACUCCCCACCUCCUCUUCUUCUUCUCUGACACGAUCACAAAAAAAAUUGCAUCUUUUGUUUGUUGUUGCUUGUGCUUUGGUGUGUUUUGUUGUUGGUAGCCAUGGCGGUGGAGGUCGUGUCUGAGGGUGCGGCGGCCGCCGCGGCGGAGGUGGCGGCGCCGGAGACGAAGGAGGUGACCGCGAAGGCGGCGGCGGAUGAGGCGGUGACGCUGGCUGCCGUCGUGUCCAAGAACGCGUCGUUCAGGGAGGAGAGCAACUUCCUGGAUGAUCUCAAGGACGGCGAGAGGAAGGCGUUGGCUGAGCUCCGUGCCAAGGUUGAGGAGGCCAUCGUCGACGGCAAGCUGUUCGAUGACGGCAAGGUGGAGGCCAAGAAGAAGGCCGCGGCGGCGGAGGAGGAGAAGGCGGUGGAGGAGGCCGCCGGUGAGAAGAAAGAUGGCGAGGAGAAGAAAGAGGAGGAGGAGCCGGUGACGGAGGAGAAGAAGGAAGAGGAGCAAGGCGAGGAGGAGGAGGAGCCCAAGAAAGAGGAAGCCGACGAGGGCGAGAAGGAGGAGAAGCCGGCGGAGGAGGAGGCGGCGGCGGUUGUGGACAAGGACAUCGCUCUGUGGGGCGUGCCGCUGCUGCCGAGCAAGGGCGACGACGCCACCGACGUCGUCCUCCUCAAGUUCCUCCGCGCGCGCGACUUCAAGGCCGGCGCCGCCUUCGACAUGCUCCGCAAGACGCUCCACUGGCGCAGGGAGUGGAAGGGCUUCGCCGCCGGCACCGACGACGACGACGACGGCGAGGCGCUCCCGGCGGAGCUCGCCGACGCGUGCUACCUCGACGGCGCGGACAGGGAGGGCCACCCGGUGUGCUACAACGCGCUCGGCGUGUUCGCCGACGACGCCGUGUACAAGAAGGCGCUCGGCACGGAGGAAGGCAAGGCGAGGUUCCUCCGGUGGAGGGUGCGCGCCAUGGAGAGCCACGUGGCCAAGCUCGACCUCAGGCCCGGCGGCGUCGCGUCGCUGCUGCAGGUGACGGACCUCAAGAACUCGCCGGGGCCGGCCAAGAAGGACCUCCGCGUCGCCAUGAAGCAGGUGCUCGACCUCUUCCAGGACAACUACCCUGAGCUCGUCGCAAGAAACAUUCUGAUCAAUGUGCCGUUCUGGUACUACGCGUUCAGCACCCUCUUCUACCCGUUCAUGACGCAGAGGACCAAGAGCAAGUUCGUCAUUGCUCGGCCCUCCAAGGUCACCGAGACCCUCCUCAAGUACAUUCCCAUUGAAGCCAUUCCAGUGAAGUACGGUGGUCUGAAGCGCGACGACGACACCGAGUUCUCGGCAGAGGACAGUGAAGUCACAGAGCUCGUUGUCAAGGCAAGCUCCACCGAAACCAUCGAGAUCGAAGCCACAGAGGGUGACACUACGCUGACAUGGGACCUGACCGUGCUGGGAUGGGAGGUGAACUACAAGGAGGAGUUCGUGCCGAGCGAGGAGGGCUCGUACACCGUCAUCGUCAAGAAGGGGAAGAAGAUGGGGUCGUCGGAGGCGGCGGUCCGCAACUCGUUCCGCGCCGGCGAGCCGGGGAAGGUGGUCCUCACCGUCGAGAACCUGACGCACAGGAAGAAGAAGGUGCUGUUCAGGCACAAGGCCAAGAGCGCCUGUGCCAAGGAGUGCUGAGAAUCUGGGCUUUCGCUGCUCAUUGUGGUGAAUUCUUUUGGAGGCUGCUGAGAUGCGUGGAUUCGUUCUAUUCUUUUGUGUGUGUGUGAGAGAGAGAGAGAUCAUUUUGUUUGUAUGUGGAGAUUGUUUCAUUGAUUUACCCGAGAAUAUAAAGAAUCGGAUGAUUACAGAACUAA